AAACUGCUCAGUGCUGUAGAAGUCCAACAGUAAGAAGGGGAUCAAGUAUAACUGUGUGUGAGCAGUACAGUUCAGUUGUGGUGUAAUUCUUGCUUCUUUCAGGGAUCCCUUACCCUGCUUGACAACAGAAUGAGCUAUAUAAUGGCACACCCUUCCUCCUGCUGACAGAAGAAUCAGCAAAGACUCCCUCAAACAGCUGUGUGCAGCUGUGUGUCUGUCAUCACUUGAACAGAACAAAAGAAACUUAACAAGAUCAUGUCCUCUUCUGGAUCUAACAGCCACAGUAAGAGACUGCCUUUGUUUUUCGUGCUUCCAAAAACUUUCCAAAAUGACUACGGCAAAUGUGGAAAAAAAAACCAUGGCUUAUUAAAUAAGAAGCAUAACUACUUGCAAAGUCUUUGUGAAUCUAUGCAGAGACAGAGCAUGCUCAGAGAGUCCUGGAGAUGGACGCUGCCCAGCAGAUGAAGAUACGGGAGAGACAGCGCUUCUUCGAGGAGGUCUUUCAGCAUGAUGUUGAUGUCUUCCUCUCCACCACUCACCUCCAGAUCGAACACAAGAGGCCCCCCAUUGGCAGUAUAUCCUCUAUGGAGGUCAAUGUGGACAUGCUGGAACAGAUGGAGCUGAUGGACAUCUCUGACCAGGAGGCCCUGGAUGUUUUCCUGAAUUCGGGAGCAGAUGAGAGUGAUAUCCCAUCUCCUCGGGCAGAUCAGGGUGAUGAGGAUCAGAUCAUGCUGCAGGUGCCCCAUGGUAGAGAAGUCAAGUCACGCAUGUCCUCCACCUCGUCCACUUCCACAGACCCCUACAGCCUUGACACCAGCGAAGAGGGGGCUGACACCCCCACUGUCCAAUCAGAUGAUGAGGAAGUCCACGCCAGCACUGAAUUGCUGACCAACACUCCCCUGACAAAUGAAGAUGAGGAGGGUCAGUCUGUCCCCACCUCUUAGCAAUCCCUGUGCAGAAACACAUGUGCUUCUAACCAUCACUGCAACACAGAGGAGUCUUCACAGACAGACUCUUAAACAGCGGAGAGAGACAUUAAUAAGUGCUAUUUAGAAUGGACUGGUGACAAGUGGCCACUUAUUGAUAUUGGCCUGUUUCCUUUCUGUGGUUUGUCUACACUACUGUACAAGUCAUUCAACAUUUUUUCCUUUCAAAAAACACUUUUUCAAAAUAUAACAUUGCACAACUUUCUUACUAUUUUCUCAUAGUUUGAUUAAGAUAUUAUGCUUUUUAAUUUUACUUUGUUUCUUAGAAGCAUUGCGGUUUGCAUUUUAAACCACAACUUGGUGCCAAGAUUUUAAAAGGAAAACUUAACUUAAAGAACCCCCAAAAUUAACUUCUUUUACACAGCAUGUGCGUAUGCCAUGACAGAUGGUUCCCAAAAGUGAUAUGAAAAAAAAAUUAAGAACGAAAAAAAUCCAAAAAACAGUUCUGUUCUUUUGAAGGAAAAAAAAAACACCCUAUAACAAAUUUCAAAUAACCUGCAGAUUUUGUAUUUUGCAGAAAAUAGUGACAUUCUUGGCCAAUCCAUACUUUUGAUGUACUGUACAAUUUGUUUUGACCACAACUUGAAGAUGUGGUUGACUUGAAUCAAAAUUCCCUCUCUUCUUGUUUUUUUUACAUAAAACUGGACCUAAUUGAUAGGUUUUGUCUUCAGGGGAUCUCUCUGUCUUAUCUUAGUGAUUAAGCAUAGAGAUUCUAUCAUUCAUUAUCAGCUGUUGGCUAAUUGAUUGACAAUCUCUCAUGAUUUUUAAACAUGUAGUGUAUUAAAAUGUUGGACAGUUUAUGGGAGGCCUUCAGGAGUCAUGACAAAGUAUUUUUUGACCAGCAUACACAUUUGGAAAACUGUAGAUGUACAAUUUGCUUUGACAUAUGCACGAAUAAGACUGUGACAUAAGGUGGUCAAGUUUAAUCAAACAAAUACAAAAAUAUACUUUUAUUAAAAUCUGAAAUAACACACUGCAGUUAAGUUCAGUUUCAGGUAUGAUGAUGUUUAUCAUAGUGUACUUAGAAGUAACAGCUGAUGAUAUUGGGUUUGUGUCCAAAUAACAUUUUGAAGUUUGUUAAUGUCUUUUUAGUAUUUUGAGAAUGUGGCAAAAAAAACAACCCAGAAACAAUUCCUGGCAGUGAAUAUAAUAAUAUAAUAUUAGACUCACAUGUGCUAAAAUACUAUUUGUGAGUUUUUAAUAAUUAAUAUCACCAAUAUUUACAUUUAUUUGUAUGCCAUUGCUAAAAUAGGCCAAAUAUUCCCAUUAAUGUCAGAAAUUUAUAUAUACAGUACAGGUUAAAUCCACCUCUAACUAAGCUCUACUUGUUCCUUGUGCACCUCAAAAUCCAGCACAACUCCUGACUCAUUUUUUAUGUUCUACAAAACAAAAGAAACAAUUAACUUAUGUCAAUUUAUAGUUACUAUCUAGUUCUUCCCUUUGUGGUCCAGUUGGUUUUCUAAAUCUCUUCAUACCAUUAACAGCUUAAGGAUAAAUUGGUCUAGUUAACCCUGAAUUGGUUUAAUCUUUCUCCCAGAUUUAAAGCACAAAAACAUAAUAGAGAAAUAGAGAUGUAAAACCUCUGAUCUAAGUAUUAUUCUGUUUUAAGAUGUUGUUUUUUUUACUGAUUUUCGGUACACUACAUUAAAAUCCACAUUUGAAUUGUUUUUUAUAAUCUCAGCUGUUUAAAGGGCUCAGUGCAGCUUUGGGCCCAGCUUUGGGCAUGGGAACAGUAAUGCUAAAAUGGACACAAGUGCAAAUCACAAGUAAUGGGAAAUGUGUGUCGGCCUCUUUGAAUUGAAAGAGGUUAAACACUCUCAGACAUGUGACUGUAACCCCAUCAUCACCACCACACACAUGCAUACUACCAUCAAUGCAGAAAGGCAACAUGAAAAAACAGCAGGAUAGUGGAUCCUUUGCAAGUAGUGCCUAAAGGAUUAAGGCAUAGACUUGCAGUAAUGGAAACACUUAUACUAAUGGCAUCUUCCUCUUGACUCUUCUGUAAAAUGAACUCCCACUUUGUUUUCCUUGCUAAUGCUGUACAGGGCUCUCCAAAACUAUGGGAACAGCAAAGCCAAAACUCUGAUUUUUGCUUUACAGUCAAACAAUUUGUAAAUGUGAUCAUAUGAUAAGCACAAUGUAAUAUUUUUACUUUCAAGUAAUUCUGAGCAUCCAUUUGAUCAUAUGAGAACAUAUAAAAACAUGAUUGUGAUUUAAAGUAAUCAUCAUAUCAACCAUAAUGAAUGGUACACAUUCACAUUGGUACAUUUCAUAGUGAAAAGGUAAUAGUGAAGUUUUUCUGUUGGAUAACCGUUUGACACAAUACCUGCACAAAGUCUACAGCCAAUACAGUUCAACUCUUUGAGUAAAUCAUUUGAGAUGUUUUACUGCAACUAGACUGAAUUCUAUUCCUAUGGUGUUCUGACUUCAAUUUUUUCAACUGGAUUGAAAGAUGGAGAGUGAGUUGGCCAGGCAGUGGUUUUCCACUUUUUUCCAUUGAUGAACUCCUUGGUUGCAUGGGUGAAGCGUUACCCAAUAAGUAUGGAAUCCUUUUCAUUGUCAUAAGCAGGCAAAAAAGUUUCUUUUGUUUACAAUUCAUUCUGCUGCUGUCAUCAUUAGUUCCUUGUCCAAUAAAGAUGAGUGGCAAUGCAUGCCCUAGCCAUAACUGUACGUAAGCCAUGCUUCAGAAUUUGCUUUGAAUUACAAAGGUGAGUCUGGAGAGUUAUGGAACAAAGCGUUCCAAACUGAUAAGACCAAGAUAAACCUUAUAAAAAUAAACUGAUGCAAAGGUGGAGAAGAAAAGGAUGCCCCAAAAGACACCACCUCAUCUGUGAAGCAUGGCCUAGCCUAAGCGAAAGUAAUUGUUCUGACUUUGCUAAUACCAUUGUUGGACACUGUAUGGGUCAUGUGUAAUCCUUUGCUCUGUUAUACUGGGAAAAAAACAAUGUUUCUCUUAUUUACUUUGUAUAAGCAAAGUUCAUAAUAAAAAACAGAAGAUUAACUGCUGA